AAAUUGUGUGUGUGUGUGUGUGUGUCUGUGUGUGUGUAGCCGAGCAAAGAGAGUUAUAAAGGGAGUAGCCUUUCGAUCUUUGGUUUCUGUUCUUAGAGCACUCGAGGUUACAUUUGUGACUGUAGAGUUAUAAGGAGAGGUCACAACUCCCUUUUACACUUGUCCGUUACGGUUUUUUCAAACUUGUGUGAAAAGCGAAAGAGGAUCUGGAACCCGCUCAAGAACCAAAAUGUUGGUCUGUACUGUUACCAUGAAACCUGUGUUUAUAAGGACCAGAAACGUGACAUGUGUGUUUGGUAACCAGGGAAAAUGCUCGGAUUUUUAGGAAAUUAGAAAGAGUUUGAAAUGCAGAGACUCUAUCGCUUCCCUUCUUUCAGACAUUGAAACAGUUUCUGUGGCUGUUCUUUAUUGCUCAGAAAGAACUUUUUAAAAGAAAAAAAUUAUUUACUUUUGGCCCCUCCCAUCUGACCUAAAUAAAUUCUGGUUAAUUUUGUCUUUAAAUCAGACUUUGAAUGUUCAAUUAGGAAUAAAAGCAAGUACUAAUACUACCUUUGCCCUAGUAACAUCUGAUCUUGUCAUGUGUAUCAGUAUGUCACUUUUCAUGUUUUAUUCAGAGAGUGAGUUGAAUUCAGAGCAAUUUUUAAUUAAUGGGAAGUUUUUAAAAAUGAUUAGUGUGUAUGCAGAAAACACUUUUUACCUAACAUUAGAACCAGGAGACCUGUGUUUUCCUUUUCCUCCUACUGAUUAGCUGUGUGACUUUAGACAGAGUCACGUCCUAAACUUUGAUUUUCUCAUAAAUCAAGGACUUCAAAUAAAUAUCUCUUAAAUUUAUAUAAACUCAAUCAUUGUGUGAUUCAGAUUCUUGGUAUAACUGAUUCUUAUUUUGACAGGUACACAAAUAAAGAAUAAAGUAUUUACGAAACAAAUCUUCAAUCAAGUAUAACAUUUUGAUGCUUGGCAGCUAGACUCCUUGUGCCCUCACUAUGCCAGCAGCAACUGUAGAUCAUAGCCAAAGAAUUUGUGAAGUUUGGGCUUGCAACCUGGAUGAAGAGAUGAAGAAAAUUCGUCAAGUUAUCCGAAAAUAUAAUUACGUUGCUAUGGACACCGAGUUUCCAGGCGUGGUUGCAAGACCCAUUGGAGAAUUCAGGAGCAAUGCUGACUAUCAGUACCAACUGUUGCGGUGUAAUGUAGACUUGUUAAAGAUAAUUCAGCUAGGACUGACAUUUAUGAAUGAGCAAGGAGAAUACCCACCAGGAACUUCAACUUGGCAGUUUAACUUUAAAUUUAAUUUGACGGAGGACAUGUAUGCCCAAGACUCUAUAGAGCUGCUCACAACAUCUGGUAUCCAGUUUAAAAAACAUGAGGAGGAAGGAAUUGAGACCCAGUACUUUGCAGAACUUCUUAUGACAUCAGGAGUAGUCCUCUGUGAAGGGGUCAAAUGGUUAUCAUUUCAUAGUGGUUAUGACUUUGGCUACUUAAUCAAAAUCCUGACCAACUCUAACUUGCCUGAAGAAGAACUUGACUUCUUUGAGAUCCUUCGAUUGUUUUUUCCUGUCAUUUAUGAUGUGAAGUACCUCAUGAAGAGCUGCAAAAAUCUCAAAGGUGGUUUACAGGAAGUUGCUGAACAGUUAGAGCUGGAACGGAUAGGACCACAGCAUCAGGCAGGAUCUGACUCAUUGCUCACAGGAAUGGCCUUUUUCAAAAUGAGAGAAAUGUUCUUUGAAGAUCAUAUUGAUGAUGCCAAAUAUUGUGGUCAUUUGUAUGGCCUUGGUUCUGGUUCAUCCUAUGUACAGAAUGGCACAGGGAAUGCAUAUGAAGAGGAAGCCAGCAAGCAGUCAUGACAUGAAAUAGUUCUUUUAUUUUUAUUUUAUUUGAGAUACACACAUGCUUGUAUAUAGGUUUUAUCUCUGGUUGAAUCCCUUGAACAGUAGACAUUACUUUUUUUUUUCUUCAUAGCUUAUUUUUCUGCCUUUCAGCACUAAGUAUGACCAUUCCUAUCUCAGAUCUUAACAAACAGAAAAGUAUUCAGGUUCAGUCCGGCCUUAAAUACACUUGUUAGUAGGCAUGUGUGAGUGGGGAAAGCUACAUGGUAUUGAAUACUUUGAUAAACUUCACCUACUUGAGCUUGUUUUUUUUUCCCCGUUCCUAAAUUAACUAGCACUGACUGUAAUUUAUUUCCCUGUUUCAUGUCUCCCUUUCAUUCUGCAGGAGUUUUAGCUAUUUGAGAUUGUGGACCAUCAAUUUUGCACUUUAGAGAGUGAUUCUGACUCAAAUCCUCUGUUUUAUCAGCAGUUUUGGUUUUCCUUGCUCUUAGCUGGAAAAAUGACCAUCUGCCAACUUUUCCCAUAUUACUUGUUUUUGACCCAUGGAAUAUAGCACAUGUAUUGUGCAAAUGGUUGAAUCAGCAGGACUACAAAAAAGAAAAGACAAAAAACUACUGAGGAGCUUAGUAACUGCUGUUUCUGUGCGUAGUAAUUAAUCUUCCAAGCACAUCUAGUGUCUGUCAGUUUCUAAUUGGCAUGUGUGUAGGCUGCUCUGUGACUGAAGUGUUUUUCAAACCAGCUUUACACCCUUCAGGAAAAAUCCUUUUUGAUUGGACAUUUAAUGUCUGCCGGGAAACUGGUACCCAAGAUGUUGAAGCUGCAGUUAUUUUAUGGUAGCACACUUCCCUUAUCUGCUUCUUUUUAUUCCAUCUCUGUUUACCCUUAUUUUAAAAAAUUUUAUAGCCAUAUUUACGAUGCUCUUGAUUUGUUGAUUCCACAAAUCAAUUUCAUUCAAAUCCAAAGAUUGCCAAGUCUUUAGGUAUAUUUUGUACCAAAUUAAAUUACAAAAAAUUCGAGCUUUCAUAGUUGCUACAAAGAUAAAAAAAUGGAGAAAUUUGGUGUAAAACAACAUAAUACAAAAUUAUAUAUUUAUUAGCUAUAUAUAGUAUAGCUAAUAAAAGUACCUGAGGAGUGUAAUGCUUGUUUAUUUUUUUGUGUAUAUCUUUGCAAUCUAUUUUAUAUAUAUUGACAAAAGAGACUGUGAAAUAUUUAGCCAUGUGGAAUAUGUGACCAGACCAGAGCAUGCGUAGGAAGGCAUUUUGGUAAUCAUUAACUGCCCUGAAAUGACGGACUACAAGUUAUGAUGUGUGUCAUCUGCACUUCAAUCAGUAAUAUUAGCAAAUCUCCAAAUGUUAGCCACAUUAGUUUGUUUCCCUUGUACAUUCUUUACUCAUGAUACUUCAAUGCUGUAACUGGGUGGUCCUUUUUAAACAAAACAUUUGCGAAACAGAGGGAUUAUUUGUUUUUAAAGCUUUUGUAAAUAAAGGCUUCAGAAAUGUUUUCUUAUA